AUGGCGCAGGAUGCGCAUUACCUUUCUCAUUCGGACGAUGCUAGAUUCUUUGAGGAUUUAGCUAACCGAAUCACCACAGCCUUGCAUACUGCAACAUUCAAUGCUUCUGACGCUGUCUAUGGCUGCGGAUCUCAAGGAUUAUUGGCUCUUGCCCUUGACAUGGAUGCGCCGCCUACGGAGGAGAUAUUCGCUCAAGUCCCUGAUAAUUUCGUUGAAUCGAUCAAGAACAAUACGAAUCAUUGGACCGUUGGAGAAAUCGCAUUGCCAGCCUUCUUUCGUGUUCUUCAUAGUAAUGGGUAUGAUGAGCUGUUGUAUAGUUUGAUGAAUCAAACUACUGAGCCUUCAUAUGGCUAUGAGGUGGUCAGCGGUGCUACAUCGCCAUGGAAAGCCUGGGAUGGGACAAGUACAUCUGGUUCCAGCACGAAUCACCUUAUGUUUGGAUACGGUGACGUUCAGCUAAGCCAACUCUCCGGCAUGCAGCAGGUCAAUUCUAGUGUUGCAUGGGAGUCGAUCAACUACUAUCCUACAUUGGUAGGCAACCUGACUGCAGCCUCCGCGAGUCACCUGACCCCUCGCGAACGAGCGAGUGCUGCCUGGAAAUAUGUGUUCUUGCCUGCAAAGGAGAACGGUACAGUGAUCAAGCCUUUUGAUGGAUUAUACUCACCUGUUUUCGUUGGCAGCGGGAACCAUUCUUUCACUGUGACGUGA